AAAAGGUUGUUAAAUUCCUGCAUGGUGAUAUUGUCUACCAUUAUUUUGGGGUUGGUUUACAAUUUUCAAAAUUAUUUAUUUAUUUACCAAAUUUACCUUCUUUAUAAUUUUCAGAAAAUUGUAGGUGUAAUAAUCUUGAUUGGCCAGCAGGUGUCGCAGUUGUGACAGUAAGGCAGUUCCUAGAGCAGUACCUCAAUUACCUGAGGCUUCCUGAAAUACUAACAAAUUUAGUCCGUUACAUAAGAGCAGCACACCCACAUACAGAGGUUUGAGUUGGGCAGAAUAUCAAGGAACCUAGAGUUUGCAGGCAGUCACGAGCCACGAGUUUACUGGCUGAAGCUCGGGCCAGGCAUUCGGGGAUCUGAACUGGGAACACAAGCCAGUGUUCUAGGUACAGGUUUACAGCCUCUGGUCCUAGAGUCAGAGCUCAGCCUGAUCAGAGCAGGCCCAGCAGAAGCCAGAGAAGCCACAGAGUUGUUGCAAAAAGCCGCUUAGUAGAUGGGCUGGUGGGAAAUUGCCAAGGUGCAGUGGUGGGUCAGCUGAGCCAAACCUUGUGCAGCUGUGCAGAAGGGUGGUAGUGCAGCUGGGUGGGGUGGGAGGUGGCCGUGGGGGUCUGGCAGGGCCUGGCAAUGGUGUGUACUCAGGCCACAUGGGCACUAAUUUGUUGGCAUACUACAGAGUUCCACAAUAGCCCAGAAAGGCAUAUAACGAAGGUUUAUUUAUUUGGGGAUAAACUCACAGAAAGUGUAGUGAUCUGCAGUCCUGUGCAUACACGUGGAACUGGAACCGAAUCUGGCAGCCAAGAGGCCUGCGUGUGCUUUUUGUCUGCAUUUAUAGCACAUGAGAGCACGCCCAAAGUGGGCCAGGAUCUUAAAGGCUAUUGGCUGAAGGAGUUCCCACAGCAUGUCCCCAGCAUCACAGGAAGAUCUACCUACUGCACGUUGGUUUAACCUCCCAUGAGCGUGACUGUUUCCCUGAUAGAUUCCAUGUGGUUUUUUUCCUUCUUCUGGGGUGUGUGUGUGUGUGUCCUGGCUGCCAUCACCCAGCUUCUAAACGCAUUUCCUACCUGGCACCCGAUCAAAUUCAUCCUGUUCUUGGUUUGGCCACCCUGGAAUCUGUGUUCCCAUUUUCUCUAUUUUUUUUAAUGUUUAAAUUUUUUAUUUUUCAUUAAACACACUGUGAAGGCCCUGUGGGGAGAGACCCAACAGAGACCUAACAGUCUCUUGUAUGGCUGGCACAGGUGGCUCAGCCACAUCUCAGCAUGAGGGGUGGUGGGCAGGGGCUAGGAGGCUAUGGCUCGUUACUUCUAGUUGUGCAGUUGGGUGCGCCUGGCAGGUAGCCCAAAACAUGCUCACGCAUGGCAGGCAGAUGUCUGUGGCAAGAAGGAGGAGGAGAGAGCGAGGACAAAUUCAUGGGGUACAGACACAAAGAUUCAGAGAGCGGUGCCGCCCCCAAGCACAGCCUGCGGAAGGACAGAAAACCAAAUCGGACUGGAAACAAAACAACCAGUGAGAUGGUUAGAUAAAGACGCUCUUGCCGAGCCUGAAGACCUGAAUUCUAUUCCCUGAGUCCGUGUGGUGGAAGGUGAGAACUGUUUGCUGUGGCGCGCGUGUGCGCAUGCACAAGAACACAUUUUUAAAGGGCAUUGUUUUUUCACUGUGGGGGUUUAUGCCCGUGUGCCAUAGCAUAUGGAUGGAUGUCAGACGACAACCCUUGGGGUGACUCAGUUCUCACCUUCCAUCACGUGGGUGCGGGGAAUGAAAUCCUAUGUCAAACUAAAGUGAAGGGCUAGAGUUAUUUGCUCAGAAGUGACGUGUACCCAGCGGCAGGGGACCCGAUGCGCUCUGUCCGUCUCGGAGGACACGGCGCGUAUGCGGCUGACACACGUGCCUCUUUAAGGAAAGAAAAUACCAUCUAACAUGAAAAAGGGGUCUGCUUAAAGUGUUGCCAACUAAGCUCCGGGCGAGUGGGGGGUCCCUUCUCUGCUUGCUCGGUCAGGUCUGGCUUUCGCCCCCUGCUGGCCAGCGGCUGCUUCACCUAAGACUCCGGAGGCAGCUCGGCCCCUGCUCAGCUUUGCUCAGGAUUGGAUCCGAGGCACGUUCGGUGCCGGCUGGGAACGAGGCUGCCUCGUCUCCUGCCUGCGCCCACACGCACCGGAAGUACGUCCCAGCACUGCCAGGGUCGCAGGCUUUUUACCGCCUACUCGUUGACAUUUCCUCGGGGAAAUGUAGUUUCUUUUCGGCGGACGUGCAUGUUUUCCCGUACGCUCCGCGGUAAUGACAGGCAGCAGAAGCACGUCAUCACUUGGCCGACUCGGUUGCGCCCCUAAAAGCAUGGUGUAAAACUUCACCUGGUGGGACCCGUAGUCAUUCGGAAGCUACCCCCGGCUCGGAUAAUCCUCGUGCCGUUCUGAUCUGGAGCCCAACCUUCUGGGACUCCUGUUGGGCAGGAGCGCGUUUACUCGCAUUUCCCAGGGUCGCACACACUAAUGACAGUUUAGCCGUGCAAGACAGGAUUUCCACCCGCACGCUCCGGAGCCAUGCCACGGUGCACAGUGGGCGCGGAAACGGAGCCCUUCUUGGCCGGGAGGACGCCUGCGCUUCUGUUGGCACCAUCGCGCUUCCUCCGGACGAUCCUGGGAAGUGUCACUUCUAGGGAGCAGGGCGCGAGCCCCCUGUAUAAUCCCUGCCGGUGACGGUGUCCUUUGUAGAACGGAGCGAGAACGUGCUUCCUGCAGUCCGCCGUACACUCACUAACGGGACGUGCGUGACCGAAUUUCCCAGGGUCGCACUGAUUGUUGGCCUGGCCUGGCCAAAUUGCUGUCCUCGUCCUCCCUUCGGCACUGCCCACCACUCUGCCUACGAUUCCCAGCGGCUGUCCCUAUGCCUUUCGGGAAAUGUAGUCUUUUCUCCUCUCUCCGUUCUCAUCUCGGUACCUUCCAGCAGGCGAUCGAUCGCUCACAGGACUCCAUUUCCCAGCAUGCCUGCGCCGAGUCCGUCCGCGCCCCGUCGCGGAGGCCAUUUCGUUCCGCCCGGAGACCGCUAAGAUGGCGGCGGGGGAGAAAGUGAAGGUUGUCUCCUGCGACAGGCGGCCCGGCUAGAGCCGGCAACGUGGCGCCCAGCAUGGAUCUACACACGGCGGUGUACAAUGCGGCGCACGACGGCAAGCUGCAGCUGCUGCAGAAGCUGCUGGCCGGCCGCGGGCGGGAGGAGCUGGAUGAGCUGCUGGGCGAGGUGGCGGGCGGCGGCACGCCGCUGCUGAUCGCGGCGCGCCGCGGACACCUGGACGUGGUGGAGUACCUGGUGGACCACUGCGGCGCCAGCGUGGAGGCGGGCGGCUCGGUGCACUUCGACGGCGAGACGAUCGAGGGCGCGCCGCCGCUCUGGGCCGCGUCGGCGGCGGGCCACCUGGCCGUGGUGCGGAGCCUGCUGCGCCGCGGCGCCUCGGUCAACCGCACCACCCGCACCAACUCCACGCCGCUGCGCGCCGCCUGCUUCGACGGCCACCUGGACGUGGUGCGCUACCUGGUGGGCGAGCACAAGGCCGACCUGGAGGUAGCCAACCGCCACGGCCACACGUGCCUCAUGAUCUCCUGCUACAAGGGACACCGCGAGAUCGCGCGCUACCUGCUGGAGCGCGGCGCGCAGGUGAACCGGCGCAGCGCCAAGGGCAACACGGCCCUGCACGACUGCGCCGAGUCCGGCAGCCUGGAGAUCCUGCAGCUGCUGCUGGGCUGUCACGCGCGCAUGGAGCGCGACGGCUAUGGCAUGACCCCGCUGCUGGCCGCCAGUGUCACCGGGCACACCAACAUCGUGGAGUACCUCAUCCAGGAGCAGCCCGGCCACGAGUAUCUCUCGGGGGUGGAGCUGCCCAGGGAAGGGUCCCCCCAGGGGGCAAGCAGCGGCCGCUCCACCCCUGAAGAAUCAGAGCCUUAUGAGAGCUGCUGCCCCACCAGCCGUGAAGCGGCCGUGGAGGCUUUGGAGCUGCUGGGAGCCACCUACGUGGAUAAGAAAAGGGAUCUGCUCGGAGCCCUGAAGCACUGGAGAAGGGCGAUGGAGCUCCGCCACCAGGGUGGGAACUACCUCCCCAAGCCCGAGCCCCAACAGCUGGUUCUGGCCUACGACUAUUCCAGGGAGGUGACCACGCCCCAAGAGCUGGAGGCCCUCAUCACAGAUCCUGAUGAGAUGCGGAUGCAGGCCCUGCUGAUACGGGAGAGGAUCCUGGGCCCCUCGCACCCUGACACUUCCUACUACAUAAGGUACCGGGGUGCUGUCUACGCAGACUCUGGAAAUUUCGAGCGCUGUAUCCGUCUUUGGAAGUAUGCCUUGGAUAUGCAGCAGAGCAACCUGGAGCCGCUGAGCCCCAUGACGGCCAGCAGCUUCCUGUCAUUUGCGGAGCUCUUCUCUUAUGUGCUGCAGGACCGCUCCGCCAAGGGCAACCUGGGCAUGCAGCUUGGUUUCCCCGACCUCAUGGGCGUGCUCAGCAAAGGGGUGCGGGAAGUGGAGCGGGCCCUGCAGCUGCCCAAGGAGCCGGGGGACUCGGCGCAGUUCACCAAAGCCAUCGCCAUCAUCCUCCAUCUGCUGUACCUGCUGGAGAAGGUGGAGUGCACCGCUGGCCAGGAACACCUCAAGCACCAGACAGUCUACCGCCUGCUCAAGUGUGCCCCGCGCGGCAAGAACGGCUUCACCCCACUGCACAUGGCAGUGGACAAGGAGACCACCAACGUGGGUCGCUACCGCGUGGGCGUCUUCCCCUGCCUGCAUGUGGUCAGGGUGCUGCUGGACUGCGGGGCUGACCCCGACAGCCGGGACUUCGACAACAACACUCCGCUGCACAUUGCUGCUCAAAACAACUGCCCAGCCAUCAUGGACGCACUCAUCGAGGCCGGGGCCCACAUGGAUGCCACCAACGCCUUCAAGAAGACUGCCUAUGAGCUGCUGGACGCCAAGCUGCUGGCCAAGAGCACCGUGCAGCCCUUCAACUAUGUAACACUGCAGUGCCUGGCCGCCCGUGCCCUGGACAGGAACAAGGUCCCUUAUAAGGGGUUCAUCCCAGAGGAGCUGGAGGCCUUCAUCCAGCUGCACUGAGCCUGGCCUGCCACCCGCCUGCACUUUGGCCUUCUCCGAGCAGAAGCAUCCUGUCCCCUUGGCCUACAGGCAGUGGAGUGAGCCCGACUGUUGGUUCUAGAAACCUUCAGGGUCACGUGGUAGGAAGAUGGUCUUUCUCUGUGGCAAUGCAGAAGGGUACCGGGGCCGCCUCAGUGACAUCUGUCUGGGUCUGGAGACCUCUGCCAUUGUCACCUGGUCUCCAGCUAGCUUGUCCUGGAGUCCUGUGUAGCCGACACUGUCAAGAUGGAGUCAGAAGUCACUGGCGCCUUCCUGCAGUGGGGCACCUGCCACCUAGAUGUUUGCGGUUGGUUUGUUGUUUACUAAGCAAGUGGGCGACAGCUGGGAGCCCACAUUCUGAGGUUUUUGCUCGGUCUUUUUUUCCUUGGUUUCUGUUUGUUGGACUCAGUAAUGACUUAGUUUGAAGUUGCUGCCAGGACUUUGGUGUGGCCACAGCUGAAACCAGCAUGAGCUGUGAGUGCAGACCUGUGACAGACUUGCUGCGAAGCCUCCCUGCUUCCACACUGCUUAGAGAGAGGACUGUCCCUAAGAAGAGCCAGAGCAAGUGACAGGAACAGCCAGGCCGACAACUGCCUCCAGCCCCAUCCUGUGGGAUGGCUGGCAGGUGCUCUGGUCACCAGGUCAUAUCCGUGCCACACUUGUCCUGUCUCCCUGACCCCAGGUCUUCGUGAAGAGUCCAUAGUGUCUCCACUAACUACCAGGAGUGGGAAGGUGGGGAGCUGCCCAGGGCUGCGAUAGGCCACCCAGGCCCUGAGUGCAGCCCUAGGGGUGCAUACCGCCUGAACAGCACCAGCCUGGGGCUCCACCAGCUCUUGUCCCUGUCCUUUACCGUGAGUGGGAUUAAACCUGCAUCACACCGAGGCAGGAGAUGCACAUCCCUGGCUUGUGGGAACCAGCUGCAAGGGGAGAAAGUCUAGUGUAGCGAGGCCAGUCCCUCCCUUGGCCGUGGAAGCCGUCCUGCGAGGACAUUGGUGUGUGAUUGCAGUGUUAGGUAGCUUGUUCUCUGUAUAAAACAAGCCUUAGGCCUUACUGGGCAGAGCCUCACUGCCCUGCCAUCCGAAGCUCAGGGCAGACAUGAACCCCUGUGAGUCUUGGCACUUAUAUUUAUUGAUUAAAAUACAGGUAUGUGAAGGA